AAAGUAAUUAUAGUGGGACUGGAUAAUGCAGGGAAAACCACCAUUCUUUAUCAAUUCUUAAUGAAUGAAGUGGUUCAUACAUCUCCAACCAUAGGAAGCAAUGUUGAAGAAAUAGUUGUGAAGAACACUCAUUUUCUUAUGUGGGAUAUUGGUGGUCAAGAGUCACUGCGAUCAUCCUGGAACACGUAUUACUCAAACACAGAGUUCAUCAUUCUUGUGGUUGACAGCAUUGACAGGGAACGACUAGCUAUUACGAAAGAAGAAUUAUAUAGAAUGUUGGCUCACGAGGAUUUACGGAAAGCUGCAGUCCUUAUCUUCGCCAAUAAACAGGAUAUGAAAGGGUGUAUGACAGCAGCUGAAAUCUCUAAAUACCUCACCCUCAGUUCAAUUAAGGAUCAUCCAUGGCACAUUCAGUCCUGCUGUGCUUUAACAGGAGAAGGGUUAUGCCAGGGUCUAGAGUGGAUGACCUCCCGGAUUGGUGUGAGAUAA